UCAAAGACCAUCCAAGUAAAAUUUUGAAAUACCAUUUAGAAUAGUACCCGUCACCGGCUCUAAAUCAUUUUGCUGUUUCCCCUUCAUUUUAAAAAAUUCCACGGAGACGCCGUCGUUUCUCAGCGCCGGUGGCUCCGUCACAAAGACAAUGAAGCAAGGCGUCAAUUUCUCUCUACCUGUGACCGUCGUCGUUUUGGUCAUCUCUUACGUAUACUUUACCACUGUUUUCAUUUUUAUAGAUCAAUGGUUCGGUCUCAUGUCUUCUCCUGGCAUCAUGAACGCCGUCGUUUUCACCUCCUUGGCCCUUAUGUGUAUGUUCAGCUAUGCUGUCGCUGUCCUUAGGGAUCCGGGUCGGGUCCCCUCCAAUUAUAUGCCCGAUGUUGAAGAUGAUCAAAACACAAUGCAUGAGAUCAAGCGCAAGGGAGGAGAUUUGAGGUAUUGCCAAAAGUGUUCCCACUAUAAACCUCCUCGUGCACAUCAUUGCCGUGUUUGCAAAAGAUGUGUUCUGCGAAUGGACCACCAUUGCAUUUGGAUAAGUAAUUGCGUUGGUCAUGCAAACUAUAAAGUCUUCUUCAUCUUUGUUUUGUAUGCCGUAGUGGCAUGCAUCUACUCACUGGUUUUGCUUGUGGGUAGCCUAUCUACCGAUCCUCACAAGGAUGAGGAACAAAGUAGAGGAUCCAUCAGAACUGCUUACGUCAUUUCUGGACUGUUGCUAGUCCCCAUAAGUGUGGCACUGACUGUUCUUUUAGGUUGGCAUAUCUACCUCAUUUUGCAAAACAAAACCACUAUAGAGCAUUAUGAAGGAGUGAGAGCUUUGUGGCUUGCAGCGAAAGGUGAUGUUUAUAAGCAUCCUUAUGAUCUGGGUGUCUAUGAAAAUCUGACAACUGUACUUGGUCCAAGUAUCUUCAGCUGGGUGUGUCCCACAUCAAGACAUAUUGGUUCUGGUCUCCAAUUCCGCACUACCAAUGAUAAUGCAGCUGGUGCAUCUGUGCUAAAAUAGUUAGAAGAUUGCUUGGCCUGACAUCCCCAUUGGAAGUAACAAAAUUUGCAACUUCUUAACCAUCAAAAGCUGGGUGAAUGCCAAUAUCUGAUAAUGUUCCCAGCUUCUUUCUAGUGCCUUAACUUGUGUGCUAUUCUGUUUUGGAUUCAGGCAGACGGCAAGAUCAUGAUGAUCAGUCUGGGACAUUUGUAAGUGUUCUAUUGCAAGGUAGUUGAGUUGAGGAGGCGGCAUUUUGUAAGAUAGUCUUCUUCUACAGCCGAUGUGACGGGUACUUUCAUUUUCAUUUUAAUUUUCAUUUUGAUUUUCAAGUAUAGAGUUUGCUGACAGAUACGGCCACCAACUGAUACAUGAUGUACAAGAAGGAAGCAGAAAUGGCUAGAUUGAGCUAUCCUUUCCUCAAUAUAACUGUAAUCCUUUUAACCUGAACGAAACAAAUCUUCUGUAAACUUUGUCGUCCUUAAAUGUUUUGUUUUCAUCCAUGGAUGUGACUUGUUUGUUGCAUGAUUUUAUCAACAUUUAAUGUUGGUUGAUAAUGGAGGGACCAAUAUGUUUCUCA